UCCAAUUCGCUUCGGAUCCUCAUCGCAACAGACAAUCAUUUAGGUUAUUUGGAACGAGAUCCGAUUAGAGGACAAGAUUCCUUUAAUACAUUUGAAGAGAUCUUGCUGCUUGCUGCGGAAAAAGAUGUUGAUAUGAUUAUUCUUGGUGGAGAUCUCUUUCAUGACAGCACUCCUUCUGUCAGUUGCCUCACAAAAACAACAGAGAUUCUGAGUCGACAUUGCCUUGGAGAUCGGCCGAAUAGUGUUAUGAUUGCAAGCGAUCAAUCAGUAAACUUUGAAGGUUCAUUCAAGAGCGCAAACUACUACAAUCCAAAUAUUAACAUCAGCUAUCCGAUCUUCACGAUCCACGGUAAUCAUGACCGACCGAUCGGUAUAAGCAAUAUGUCUGCGUUGAAUCAUUUGGCAAACGCAGGACUGAUAAACUACUUUGGAUAUUGUCACGAUCCCGAAAGGCCGGUCUUGUCGCCUAUCUUACUCCAGAAGGGAGACACAAAAUUGGCGCUUUAUGGAAUAGGCAACAUUCCGGACGAACGGAUGCAUCGGCUGUGGAGAACAGGAAAGGUGGUCUUCCAGAGGGCCGAAGAUGAGGGCCCGAACAGAUGGGCAGAUGCCUUUAGCAUGCUAGUCUUGCAUCAGAACCGAGCCCAGCACGGUGCGACAAAUCACGUCCGCGAAGAAGACAUCCAUCAAUUCUUGGAUCUCGUUUUCUGGGGACAUGAACACGAGUGCCGACUCCGUCCAGAAAACUGUCAGUCGUUUGAGAUUACCCAGCCUGGGUCUUCUGUCGCCACCAGUCUUUGUCAGGGAGAGGCUGUACCAAAGCACGUUGGACUAAUGACCCUGACCGGCCACAAAUAUGCUUUGGAAGAGAUUCCUCUCAAGACUGUUCGGCCUUUUGAAUUCCAGCACAUUGCCCUGGCCCUUUUUUCUGAAAUCGAUCCACAAAACCAAGAAGAGUGCGAGAAAUUUCUGGAAAACAUAGUGAAUGCGAUGAUUGAAAGAUCCAAAAAGAGGUGGAUUCGAGACCACACUGAAGAAGAAGAAGAUGCUAUGCCUUUACCUCUUAUCAGACUUCGGGUUGACUACAGUGGCGGUUAUAGUUCUUUUAAUGUCCAUCGGUUUGGUAUUACUUUUAGCGACAAGGUUGCGAACCCAAAAGACAUCCUUCAAUUCCAC